AUGCUGGAAGUGGGUAACCCCGGUUAUUGGGAUUUGCAGAGGACGUACCAGGAACUGGUAACAUGGCUCAUAAAAUUUGACAGUGAGCUUGUCCGUGUGAAAGCAAAGGGGUUGGUUACUCCUUUGCACUACGCAGCUCAAAUAAACGAUUAUUCCAAUUUGGCUGAUUUUUUGUAUGUUUGCCCAUCAUCUAUCCAAGAUUUGAUAGUUAAAUGUGAAACUGUCGUCCAUGUGGCCAUAAAAAACGGGAGUUGUAGAGCUUUGAAAGUAUUGUUAGGAUGUCUUAGAAACUUCAACAAAGAAAAGAUCCUAUUGUGGGAGGACGAACAAGGAAACAAUGCGUUACAUACUGCAAUUUCUGAAAACCAAAUUGAGGCGGUGAAGCUGUUGAUCAAAUAUAUGGAAGUAAAUAAAGUGAACGGCGAAGGUUUGACAGCUCUGGACAUCUUCUACGAUCGCCAAGAUUCGCUGAAUCCAGAGGUUGGGGAAAUUCUACGUGGUGCUAAAGCUAAAAGAACUUCUGAAUUAGCAGCCAUUCAUUUGUCAAUCUCUAGACUUGCAAAACUAUUGGGUGUUGAAAAUUCACCAGUCAGGUACUUUUCUGAAAAAUUAUCAUUUGCGAAAAGCUUUCUGAAAAGCUUGGGGCUUAUUGACCAUAGCAUAAAUAAAGUACCUCUUGAAGUCCGAAACGUACUACUUGUGGUGGCUAUAUUGAUUACUACAACCACCUAUCAAGCUGCACUCAGCCCCCCUGGAGGAUAUUGGCAGGAUGAUGGGAAUCUGCCAGUAAACAACACUGUUAUCAAUAAAGACACCUCCUCCAUCCUCGGUGAUGAAGAGCCAUCAGAACAACGUGCAGGGCACAUGAUUCAGGGGUCUUUCAUUCAUUUAUUCUUUUUGCUAUUUAAUUCUGCGGCUUUCUACGCGUCUGUGUGCUCAAUUUUGAUUCUUACAACUGCGCUUCCUUUCCGCAAAUUCACCAUCGCAUCGACAUAUUUGAUCGUAUUUUCAUUUAAUUUUGCAGUUAUGGAAACCUUUCCGUACCUAAAUAAUUCAGCUGUAUGGUGGAUCUUUAUUUCUUUAAUGCUUGUAACUGUAUAUGUUACAUUAUAUUAUCCAUACGAAUUUUAUCUGUCAGAAGUAAAUAAGCUUACGCGGUGUGGCCGGGGGAAGAAACUACGCCUGGGUAGAUUCGAAGAUGAAGUCAAGGGUAAUAAUUUUGGGUGA